AUGAGAAUAUAAUAAGUAGCAACAUUUCAACUCACAUGUACACGCCAGCAUUUAUGUGAAUCUUAACCCACUGGUCGUUGUUACUCUGUAUAGAAUCAAUACCAGCUUGAAUACUUCUAAAUGCUCCUCCUCUGCCAAAUUUAUCAAUGGUAAUGGUUUUUGCAAUGUUGUUUCCACCACAAUCUAUGGCUGUUCCAAGGUAAAAGUAGCAAAUUACAAGAAGGAUUAGAGGGGAAAUCAUUGGUUGAGGAAGCAACUCCAUGGUAUUUGAUCACGUUUAGGGAGAUAGAAAGAAAUGGGGCACAAAGAAAAAUCUAAAGAGCGGAAAGAAAAAAGGUUGCAAGAGAUAUCACUUCUGAGGACCAUUCCUUAUUCUGAUCACCAAAGGUGGUGGUCUAAGGAAACAAUUGCUGUGGUUACGGGUGGAAACAGAGGAAUUGGGUUUGAGAUUUCUAGACAACUUGCUGAUCAUGGAGUAACUGUGAUACUAACAUCAAGAGAUGCUAGUGUUGGUGUUGAAUCAAUUAAGGUCUUUCAAGAAGGUGGUCUUGAUGUGGCUUGUCAUCAACUUGAUGUGUUGGAUUCUUCAUCCGUCAAUCAAUUCUGUGAGUGGUUGCAGGAAAAUUAUGGUGGCCUAGAUAUUCUGGUAAAUAAUGCAGGUGUUAACUUCAAUUUUGGGUCUGAUAAUACUGUUGAAAAUUCUCGUUUGGUUAUUGAAACAAACUACUAUGGCACCAAACGUAUGAUUAAAGCCAUGAUUCCAUUGAUGAAGCCUUCCAGUGCUGGUGGUCGUAUUGUAAAUGUGAGCUCACGUCUAGGUCGACUAAAUGGAAAGCGAAAUAGAGUGGAGAACGAAACUUUGAGGGAGCAACUAAGUGAUGUGGAAAACCUUUCAGAAGAACUGAUCGACUCAACUGUCAAUACUUUUCUGCAACAAGUAGAAGAUGGAACUUGGAAAUCAGGGGGAUGGCCCCAAACAUUCACUGAUUACUCGGUGUCAAAGCUAGCGGUGAACUCUUACACAAGGUUGAUGGCAAGGACUCUCUCGGAGAGACCUGAUGAUGAGAAGAUUUAUAUUAACUGCUACUGCCCUGGUUGGGUGAAAACAGCUCUCACUGGCUAUGCAGGAAGUGUUUCAGUUGAGGAAGGUGCUGAUACUGGUGUGUGGCUUUCCCUUCUUCCUGACCAAGCAAUCACAGGGAAGUUUUUCGCAGAGAGAAGGGAAAUUAACUUUUAACAAGUUGGGGAAAAUUGUGAUUGGAAGAAUCAAUUUGUGGACCAACUUUCGAAAGGAAAAGGAAAUCUAAAAAAAGUCAUAUUUUGUGCAAUGUAUGUGAAGGACUAGACGACCUUCAACUUGAAAUGAUAAGAGUACUGUCCAUACAAUCCAACAGUGUGGCAUACUUAAAGAUUAUUUGAGACAUUUUGAGGAUCAUACCAUAGAAGUGUUACCAUGUUUAAUGUUAUUAUUUAGGGCCUGAGUUCAUUGUUUUAGAUGUUUGAUGCUUCACCUAAACCCUGGUGCCUAAGGCAAGGAAGUAAUUGUUAUUUGUUUAAUUUCUACAUAACUUUAUACCAAAGUUACUGUACUGUUGAGUUCAAAAAAAAAAGUUACUGUAUUGCUACUCAGAA